CGCUCCCCCGCCGCCCUCUCGCAUCGUGGCGAGAGCCAGCCUCCUUUCCACCGGCGGCCCUGCGCGGAGCGCGGAGCGCGGGGCAGCGCCGCGCCGCCCCCGCCGCCCCGGGGAAACCCCUCCACAGCCCCGGCGGAGGCGGCGGGGCCGCGCCCGGCGCAGACAAGGGUUAACACCAGCGAGCGGAGCGCGCCGCGCCGCCCCUUGCACGGCGGCCCCGCAGCGCCGCCGCCCGGCCUCGCCACCGCCCCCCGCCUCCCCUCGGCCCCGCAGCCGCUGCCCUCGCCUCGGCCCGCCGCCUCCGCCGCGCACAUGGCCCGGGCCCCGAUGCAGCAGGAUCAAAGCAAGCGUGUAACUUUCCCCCUGAGAGGACAGCGAGGCAGUAGGAGAGGAGAGCAUCACACUUUGCCAGGAUCUGCAGUCCCUGACUUGGCUUUAACCUCCUGGAUGGAGUGAAGAGAAACACCUUUGUGGCCAGAAGCAGCUAAACAUCAAGACAGUAGAGAGAUUGCUCACAAGCAGAUCACCUGAAAGAAAACCUGAGGAGUUUAUCCUGCUGCAUUCAUCUCGUAUUCUGACCUCCCACAGAUAAGAGGACGAUGUUAACUCUGUAAGCAGUGCCAUCCAGCUGAUCAGCUUACUUCACACUCCAGCAUCCAUUUCUGAGGUGACAGGACCAUGGGCGAUACACAGAAGGGCAAGGUUCAUCAGGAAAGUCCUGUGAGAGCUGAACUGCAUCCAUUCCCCUCCAGGAAACUCACAGGUGACACUCUCCAGGAUGCCGAUCAAAGACAGGACUGCAAGCAGGAGCUGGAGACACAAAAAGAGGUGGAGAUGUCUUUUGGAAAGAGACAGGGAAUGGUAACUCCCUGUGGGAUGGAAGUCUGGGAGUGCGAGGACAGUGGCAGUGCCCACAUCAGCAAGGUUAUCCUUGCUGGGGACAAGCCAGACCCACCCAUGUGUGGGAAUGGCACCAUUUGGAUUCAGCAGGUGGGAGAGAAAACCUACGAGUGUCUCGAGUGUGGGAAGAGCUUCAGCCGGAGCUCGUACCUGAGCCAGCACCAGAGGAUCCACCUGGCAGAGAAACCCUUCAGCUGCUCCGAAUGUGGGAAGAGUUUCACCCGCAACUCGGACCUGAUCAAACACCAGCGGAUCCACACUGGCGAGAAGCCCUACCAGUGCAACGAGUGUGAGAAGACCUUCAGCCAGAGGUCCAACGUGAUCAGGCACCAGCGGACCCACACAGGAGAGAGACACUACCAGUGCAAUGAAUGCGGGAAGAGCUUCAGCCAGAAUUCGCAUCUCAUCGUCCACCAGCGAAGCCACAAGGGUGAGAAACCCUUCAAUUGCCCCCGCUGUGAGAAAAGCUUCAGCGACCGCUCCUCGCUGAUCAUACACCGGAGGGUCCACACUGGAGAGAAGCCCCACAAGUGCCAGGAGUGUGGGAAGCGUUUCCGGGACAGCUCAGCCAUCAUUCGGCAUCAGAGGAUCCACACAGGAGAGAAACCAUACGAGUGCACUGAGUGUGGGAAAACCUUCCGGCAGAGCUCCUCGCUGGUGACCCACAUGCGAACGCACACAGGUGAGAAGCCCUACAAGUGCUCUGUGUGCGGGAAGGGCUUCAGCCAGAGCUCAGCGCUCACCACUCAUCGUCGGAUCCAUGGAGGGAACGCCUUGCCCAUGUACCACGGCGGCCUCCUGCCCAACCUCUACCAGUGCACCGAGUGCGGCCGGAGGUGCAGCGACCGCUCCACUCUGGCCAAGCACCAGACCACACACGCUGAGGAACGGCCCUAUAUCUGCGUGGAGUGUGGGGACAGCUUCCGUCGCAGCUCGGCUCUCAAUGUGCACCUGAGGAUCCACCGUGGGGAGAGACCCUACAAAUGUGAGGAGUGUGGAAAAAUGUUCAGGCACAGCUCAGCCCUUGGUGCCCACCUGAGAAUCCAUGCAGGUGCCAAGCCCUACGAGUGUGGUGAGUGUGGGAAAACCUUCCGGAAGAGCUCGACACUUAAAGUGCAUUUGAAAAUCCACACAGCCAAGAACCCCUAUAAAUGUACAGUGGGUAGGAGAACAUUCACUUCCCACUCACUUCUGCCAUAGGGCUGGAGCAGGUGUUCGAAGCAGAAAACGAAAGCAGUGUUUGGGGGUACCUGAAAAAGGUGGGUGAUGAGAACCACGGCGGGAGGACACUGACUGGAGACAUGGUAACUGGUGUCAGGGCUGGAUGCUUAACCCCAGCAGCACAAAAACCAUUAGGAGGUCUGGAAGCAGGGAGUUAGUCCUGAGCCGAGCGCUGGUGGUUCAGGAAGAGUGCUGGGAGCCUGAGGAACGGGCACCAGCUUCUGGGCAAAUUGGGGACUGUGCAUGUGUGGUAGAGUAACAACUGGGAGAAUCAGGCUUGUAAAAUAACUUUUCAGCUAAAGUGAAGAUCAAAAUAAAAAGUUCCAGGUUGGUUCUGACUCAAAACUUUGGCUUGUUAGACACUGUUGUAGUCUUAGGAACUCUUUUUAUCACCUGCCCUUUUUUUCCACGAACGUAGUACAUUUACCCAGUGUUUGACAAGACGCUUCCAAAUCUUUUGAGUCUGAGACUCUGGAGCUGAACCUCAAUCUAUUUGUCUUUUCUUCCUCUUUUCCAAAUCUUACACGGGACAAUGAAUUCCUACUACACAAACCCUGGUUGACAUGACAGCUGACUAACGCAAAACCAACGUGGCUGUUCCCAGAAAACACGGAUGCGCAAGCAUUUCCAAUUGGAGCGCUGCCCAUUGCUAGUCUGUGGCAGCUUCUCCCAAAUUUGUCCUUGCUGGUUUGAAACACCUUCGCUUGGGACAGCAACAAAUGUGGGCAAAAAUGUGGCCUUACCUUAUUUAACCAAAAAAAAAAAAAAAAUAUUCCCCCCACCCCAGACGUCCUGGUCGGGAUGGGCACACAAUGAGUUCCUACUGGUAGUCCAGAGGCCAUUGGCGAUUUUGUAGCCCUUUUUAUGAUAGAGCGCUCUUUAGCUCGCUAUUGUUUGUAAAGUAUUGACGUAUAAAGUUCAGCAUUAAAAGUUAGGAAUUACUGUAUUUGCAUUUAUUACUAUGCUAAUGACUGUGUAUUACACAAACCUCUUCUAUAUUACUAUGUUUUAUUACUAACUAUGUGCUUCCAUCCUAAAUAAACCCUUUCUUUCUCUGUAUAACCCAGUUUUCUGCCCUUGAGUAUGACGGGAGUGAAACUGUAGCCGGGGGUCAGCCCCGCACUCGCUGUGGUGUGGCGGGGAGCUCGUGAAGGGCACUCUGACGUCAAGCAGCUGCGGUGCCGAGGCCCGGCUGACGAGGGGGUACGCAGGCGGCCAUAGCCGGGCUCCGCGACACCUGCGCGGCUGCGGUGCUUCGCUGGCAGCAGCCGAAGAGUAGGAAAUGCGUGGGGAGAGGCAGGAGGCGCCAUCCGAGGCGGCGCAGCAAUACCUCUGGCGAAAUGCGGCUGCAGGAACCAGGGGUUCGGGCCGUAAAGGCAGAAUAACCCAGGUGUUUCCCGGUGUCACGUAGACGCUGCGGUGGC